AAUUCAUAGUGAAGAAGUUUCUAUGCUUAUUUCGUUCUGCGAAACGUCAGUGGUCAUUCGCUAUUGAGUUUUAGUACGCUAAAGUGCUCGUGUCGCGUGUUCAAAAAUCAAAAUUGUUUUAUCGUUGUUUCUGGAAAACUACGCUUCUACUGUUAUUACCUGUUACCUAAAACGUUAGCCUGAUUAAGGUGACAAGAUGGUGAAGGAAACAACAUACUAUGAUAUACUUUGUGUAAAACCAAAUGCCACAUCAGAUGAGCUUAAGAAAGCAUAUAGAAAAUUAGCCCUUAAAUAUCACCCUGAUAAAAAUCCAAAUGAGGGUGAGAGGUUUAAACAAAUUUCACAAGCGUAUGAAGUCCUUUCUAACCCAGAGAAGAGAAAGAUCUAUGACCAAGGUGGAGAACAAGCCCUGAAAGAAGGUGGUGUUGAUGGUGGUGGCAUGUCAUCACCAAUGGAUCUCUUUGAUAUGUUCUUUGGUGGAGGCUUCAGUGGUGGUAACAGACGUGGUCGCGAGAGGAAAGGCAAAGAUGUAGUCCAUCAGUUGUCAGUUACUCUAGAAGAACUGUACAGAGGUGCCGUCAGAAAACUGGCAUUGCAGAAGAACGUCAUUUGUGAGAAAUGUGAGGGCAGGGGCGGAAAAAAGGGUGCUGUUCAAACAUGUACCACCUGUAGAGGCACUGGUAUGCAAGUACAGAUUCAGCAACUAGGUCCUGGAAUGAUACAGCAAAUACAGACUAUUUGUGGAGAAUGUCGGGGAAAGAGAGAAAUCAUUGACCCUAAGGACAGGUGCAAAGUUUGUCAGGGCCGUAAGACAGUACGUGAUCGCAAGAUUCUAGAUGUACACGUAGACAAGGGUAUGACUGACGGUCAGAAGAUUGUCUUCAGCGGUGAAGGUGACCAGGAGCCAGAUUUGGAACCCGGAGACCUGAUUAUUGUGCUUGAUGAAAAGGAGCAUGAUGUUUUCAAACGUACCGGCAAUGAUCUGAUUGUGAGGCUGAAUAUAGAAUUAGUGGAGGCACUCUGUGGUUUCCAAAAAGUGAUUAGAACUUUGGAUGAGAGAGACAUUGUGAUAACCGUUUUGCCUGGAGAAGUCACCAAACAUGGGGAAGUCAAAUGUGUUCUUAAUGAAGGUAUGCCAAUGUACAAAAAUCCAUUUGAGAAGGGCCUACUCAUCAUUCAAUUCCUAGUUAAUUUCCCGGCACGAAUUCCACCUGAGAUCAUUCCAGCUCUUGAGAACUGCCUUCCGCCUAGACCAAUGGUUGAGAUUCCAGAACUGGCUGAAGAGUGUCAGCUAGCAGAACUGGAUCCGGAACAAGAAUUGAGGAGACGGCGACAGCAGCACAACACCUAUGAUGAAGAGGAGGACGGACCUGGAGUGAACCGUGUGCAGUGUGCCACAAGCUAAGAUAAUUGCUGAAUUCAUCAGAAAGAAGCCUUAGAAAAAGAUCUAGAUAUAAUUGUUUACCCUAAACACUGACGCAUGUAUUGGAACUUGUAUGGAAUAUUGUAUUUUAAUAGUUUAAUUAUAACACUAUCAUGACGCAUUUCCAUACAUACAUCACUUCUUGAAGUAUUUUACUUAUAUAUAACUUGGUCUAUACAUAAUAAUAAAUUUUGCUAACUUGAA